CUUGAAACUUGAAAGUUAAAACCCCAACCUCACUUUCACAUUCCAUAUUUCUUCUUCUUCUUCUUCAACUCACAACUUCCACAGCCACAUUAUCUCUCUCGUGUGGCACUAUGAUGCACCACCACCAUGAAUACAUGCAAGAAGGAACAAGAAGAACCACUUCAAGGACACAACAACAAAGUAAAAGACACAAGUUCUUCAUAAACGACAACAUCGACAUUCUACGAGAAAUCCUUAAACGCCUCGACGGUCCAUCACUCGGUGUAGCAUCAUGUGUCUGUCGCUUAUGGUGCAACUUAACAACCAAAGACGACUCAAUCUGGGAACACCUCUGCUUCCGCCAUGUCUCCACUCCACCACCAGCUUCCGUCCGGCCAGUCGUGGUGGCUCUGGGUGGUUACAAGAGGCUGUACAUGGUGUGUGUUAGACCGGUGCUGAGUCGACUCGGUGAGUCGGAAAUGGUUAGGAAACAGGUUUGGACUCGGCAUGAGGUUCAGCUUUCGCUUUCUUUGUUUUGUAUUGAUAGUUACGAGAGACUUGCCGGUGGUAUGGUUGCCAGCGACGCAGCUGCAUCUUCUCUCAUAUUCUUAUGUAACCCUAUCAACGUCUGAUUCUUAUUUAUUUAUUUUAUUAUUUAUUAUUGUUUA